AUGCGGGACCAAGCCCCUCAAACCACGAUGCAGCUGAAUUCGGCGGUCGCCGCGUGUGCGAAAGGCAAGCAGUGGCAAAAGGCGCUGAGCCUCAUCGCACGUGCAGAGGUGUCCGGGCCGCGGGCCGAUGUCAUCACGUACAAUGCCGGCAUGAAUGCUUGUGCACGAGGAAAGCAGUGGCAGCUCUCGCUGAUCUUGCUGCAGACGAUCGACCGUAAGUCCAUCUUGAGCAACACCAUCUCCUACAACACAGCCAUCAGUGCAUGCGAGCGCGCCGGCCGCUGGGACUCGGCCUUGGCGCUUCUUGUCUUGGCCGCAGGGCACUCUGUGGAGUGUGACGUGAUUACAUACAACACGGCCCUCAGCAGCUGCGAGAAAGGCUCCCAGUGGCAGCGCGCUUUGCAGCUACUCUGCGAGUUCCCCACCUUGGCAUUGCAACCUGACCUGGUCACCUACAACAGCACGAUCAGUGCCCUCUCCGGAACGGAUCGCUGGGAGGCCGCCAUCAGCUUCCUGGAACAGAUGCAAAGCAGGCAGGUUACUUGCGACGUGGUGACCUACACCGCGCUGAUCAGCUUGUGCGAGAAAGGUGCGCACUGGCAGCUGGCGAUUGCUUUGCUGACGCAGAUGGCCGUGCUGCGCAUCCAGAGCAAUGUCCUGACACAAAAUGCAACCAUCAGUGCGCUG